CUAUCUAACAUGUUCAUAUGAUAUCCAUACACAUGGUGGUAAUUAAGAUAAUUGGAGACGAACAAUGAAAAUUGAAUAUAGUUGUUAAACAGAUUAAGUUCGAAAACAAAAAGUGUAAAAUCAUAAUAAAAUGGCGUUUGGAGGAAGUAUAAAUACUGACGUGCUGCAUGAUGAAACGUUUGAUCUACUAUGUACUAUGUGUGAGCAAAAAGGUAGAAAUAGAGAAGCUGAAAAAUACUGCGUGGAAUGUGAAGACUAUUAUUGUUUGACCUGCGUGAAUGUUCAUGACGAGGUUCCAUCACUAAAACGACACAAGAUACUUGACAAAGGAAAGUUUCCAUCAAGAUCAAUCAAGGCACGGUCACGUUCCGGCAAGACUCAACCUAUGGCACCGACAGAAAGAUGUGAUCGACAUAGUCACCACUAUAUAGACAUGUACUGUCAGAAUCAUGAUGAUGUUGGGUGCGGUACCUGUAUGGCGGUAGAUCACAGGUCAUGCCAAGACAUCUUUUAUAUACCAGAAUUUCUUCAAAGCAACACAAGGAUAUCCCCUGCGAAGACUACAUUGAAGAAAUUAGAAUCAAUUGCGACAACGCUCAAAGCUCAUUAUGAAAGUUUCCAACGUGGAAAACAAGAGCUUGUGAAAAGAAAAGCUACAACACUAGAAAAUAUCCGAAAGUUUAGAAAGGAAAUCAAUGAAAGACUUAACGAAUUGGAGAAGAACACAGUAACUGACGCAGAAAUGAGAUACAAAGCCUUUAUAAGCAAGUUUGAAGAAGAAAUGGAAACAUUAGAGAUAAACAGAGCCAACAUACAAUCCGCAAGAGACAAGCUUGUCUCUGCUGACAAUAAUGUGUCACAUAACUUUGUAAAUGCUAUAAAAGGUAGAAAUAUAGCUAACAAGGCCGAAAAAUGCAUUGAAGUGAGCAAAUCACAGCUUCCUAUAGAAGAUAUUGACUUUAAACCAGAUCUAAGAUUAUCUGCUUUGUUACAGGAGUUACCUGCCCUUGGUAAUGUUACACAGAGAGAAACUAGGAAGGUUAAACAAGUCACAUCUGUUAAACAAAAAGUUUCAGGUCAGAAAAAUGAAAAGUCAUAAUAUUAUAAUGUUAGUAACACUCAACAGGAGGCUUUACUUAAGGUCAAGGGUUGCAAGAAAUAUUGUGUUAAUGUUGAAUCAGAUAUAUUUGGAUGUAAUAUUGUCAGUGCCUGUACUCUGGAGGAUGGAACAAUGCUACUGUCUGAUUACAGCAGUUUCAAUGUGAAACGUUUAGACAGUUUCACAUAUGCAGUCAUAGACUACUGUGAUCUGCCUGUAUUCCCAUGGCAAGUUUGUUCCAUCAAUAAACACCAAGCUGCUGUAUGUUUGCCAGACCAGCAAGAAGUUCACUUCAUUUCACUAUCAAACAGAAUGACAUUAACAAACAAGAUAACAACUGACUUUUACUGUUAUGGUCUAGCAUAUGCUGAUGGCAAUCUGUACAUUUCAGACU